GCGACGGCUAAGCUAAUAACGAAAGCUCGCGGAGAAGACACAAAUGGCCACCGCUAAGACUCUGCAGCCAAUAAUGUUCUCUUCCUUUCUCGGCCACAAAUCUAUCCAAUCAACACAACCACUUCUCCACCGCUUUCGCAUCGACUUAGGAAGAAGGCAUGUUUCAAUGAAAUUAUCAAGAACCUUUUCAGGACUGACCAAUCUUUUCUUUAAUAGAAGAAACGAAGAUGAAGUUAUUGAUGGCAAGCGAAAACGUCUGAAGCCAGGAAACGUAUCUCCUCGCCGCCCUGUCCCUGCCCAUAUAACAAAACCUCCUUACGUUGAGUCUUUUACAGUCCCUGGAAUCUCAAGUGGACUCCAGAUUCAUGACGACAAGAAAGGUAUAGAGAGCAUGAGAGCUUCUGGCAGGCUUGCUGCUAGAGUUCGUGAGUACGCCGGGACUUUGGUUAAGCCAGGUGUGACCACGGAUGAGAUUGAUGAAGCGGUUCACAAUAUGAUUAUAGAGAAUGGAGCUUAUCCUUCGCCUCUUGGCUAUGGAGGUUUCCCUAAAAGUGUUUGCACUUCAGUCAAUGAAUGCAUUUGCCAUGGCAUCCCUGAUUCACGACCUCUUGAGGAUGGAGAUAUAAUCAACAUUGAUGUCACAGUUUAUUUGAACGGUUAUCACGGUGAUACUUCAGCAACUUUCUUCUGUGGAGAUGUCGACGAGAAAGCUAAAAAGCUAGUCCAGGUGACAAAAGAGUCUCUAGACAAAGCGAUAUCAAUAUGUGGACCUGGAGUUGAUUACAAGAAAAUCGGCAAAACAAUUCAUGAUCAUGCAGAUAAACAUAAAUAUGGAGUGGUUAGACAAUUUGUAGGCCAUGGUAUUGGACGUGUCUUCCAUGCUGAUCCAGUUGUUCUUCACUUCCGGAACAAUGAAGCUGGACGUAUGGUGUUGAAUCAAACCUUCACCAUAGAACCGAUGCUAACGAUAGGAAGCAUUAAACCGGUUAUGUGGGAUGAUAAUUGGACUGUGGUCACAGAAGAUGCAAGUCUCUCUGCCCAAUUCGAGCAUACCAUUCUUAUAACUAAAGAUGGAGCUGAGAUACUAACCAACUGUUAAAAUUUGAUUCCCAAAUGUGUCUCAGAUUGAUCUUUAUUGGAAUGGAAUACAAAGCCAAAUCGUGUGUAUGAAAAUCAUAUUCAUAUUCAAAUAUUCUUUUACUCAAAGUA